AUGUCGGAGAAAACUCCGCUCCUCCAUUACCGGCUCACCAGCAGCGGCAGCCCGACGAGCAAAGAUGAGUCCCUUCGCAGCGGGGCGCAGGAGGGCCGCGACGGCCGACGCUCCAGGGAUAAGAGCGCGACGGCCCGGAAGCUCGGGGUGGUGUUCGGCGUGGUCACCCCCACCGUGCUGUCCAUGUUCAGCGUCGUGGUGUUCCUGAGAAUUGGUUUUGUGGUGGGUCAAGCCGGUCUCUUACAGUCCUUCGCCAUGUUUCUCGUGGCCUACUUUAUCAUCACGAUGACCGUGCUGUCCAUUUGUGCCAUCUCCACCAAUGGGGCUCUGGAUGCUGGAGGUGCCUACUACAUGAUCAGCCGAGCCCUGGGUCCAGAGUUCGGAGGCAGCAUUGGGAUCAUGUUUUUCUUUGCCAACGUGUGCGGUAGUGCUCUCUACAUUUUAGGGCUGGUUGAGGCCGUGAUGUCCACCUUUGGCAUCCCAGAGGAGGGUGGUGUUGCAGAGCCCCAUCAGGUGUUGCCCUGCGGAUACUGGUGGUCUCUGCUGUAUGGCACGGUCUUGCUCUUCCUGUGUUUUAUUGUCUGCUUGGUCGGUACCCACAUCUAUGCAAAAGCAACCUUUCUCAUCGUCAUCAUAGUCACGGCAGUUUUGGUUACCAUCUUCAUCAACUUCUUCAUCAUGAGGCCCUUUGUGGUGACUCUGCCACACAGUUCUGGUCUUAACAGUACCAGUGUGAGCACAGCCAAUUACACUGGCUUCAAGCUCCACACCUUGAAGAGCAACCUGUUGCCCAGUUACACAGAGGACUACACCACUGGGUCCACGAUGACUUUCCUCACAGUGUUCGCCGUCAUGUUCAAUGGCUGCACCGGCAUCAUGGCGGGCUCCAACAUGUCGGGCGACCUGAGAAACCCCAGCUAUUCCAUCCCAAGAGGAACGCUUGCAGCUGUUGCGAUAACUUUCAUCACUUACAGUCUGCUUAGUCUGCUGUCUGCGUGGUCCUGUGACCGUCCCCUCCUCAAAAAUGACUACAAUUUCCUGGGAGACAUCAAUAUUUGGCCGCCCCUCGUGACCAUUGGGGUGUACUCCUCCACCAUGUCUGCUGCCAUGAGUAACCUCAUCGGAGCCUCCAGGAUCCUGUACGCUCUGGCCAAAGACGACCUGUUUGGUGGUGUGCUGGCUCUGGUGAGGAAGACGUCUCUGAGUGGGAACCCCUGGGCCGCGGUGCUCGCCUCCUGGCUGCUCGUACAGGUGGUGCUAUUUGCGGGUAAAUUGAACACCAUUGCAAGUAUUGUGACCAUCUUCUUCCUGUUGGUCUAUGCGGCGGUGAACCUGGCCUGUUUGGCUCUCGAAUGGGCUUCUGCACCCAACUUCAGACCCUCAUUCCGAUGCUUUACAUGGCAUACCUGCGCUCUGGGAAUUCUUGGUUGCCUGGUCAUGAUGUUCCUGAUCAAUGCAAUUUAUGCAUUUGCCAGCAUCGCCUUCAUGCUGCUGCUGUUGAUGCUGAUCCACUACCUCGGUCCCAUCAGCAACUGGGGCUACAUCAGUCAGGCGCUCAUCUUCCACCAGGUGCGCAAGUACCUGUUGAUGUUGGAUGUGCGUAAGGACCAUGUGAAGUUCUGGAGGCCUCAGCUGCUGCUGAUGGUGGCGAACCCUCGCAGCUGCACCAAUCUCAUGACUUUCAUUAACGACCUGAAGAAGAGUGGCCUGUUGGUACUGGGACAUGUACAGCUGGGUUUACUGGAUGGGUUGCCCUCGGAUCCUCUGCCCAGCUGUUAUGACUCCUGGCUUUCUCUCGUGGACCAUCUCAACAUCAAGGCCUUUGUCAACCUCACCCUGGCAGACACCGUCAGACAUGGAGUUCAGAACCUGCUCUUCAUCACAGGCUUUGGCGGAAUGAGGCCAAACACGCUUGUCUUGGGAUUCUAUGAUGACUGCACCCCUCAAGAUGACCUCCAAGGUAAAAUUCUCCUGUCAUCAGGACCUGGCCUCGACCCGGCGUCUCAAUCCAUCGACCCCCGAGAGGCGUGGUCUCCCUUCUUCCCUAACGUGCGCUGCACUGAGGAACUCAAAGACCUUCCGGUCGAUGAAUACGUGUCGGUCAUUGCUGACGCCGUAAAAAUGGGGAAGAACGUGACACUGGCUCGUUACUUCAACCAGUUCAACCGCGAGGAGGUCUUGGAGUCGGGCAGGAAGAUCGGGGGCCACAGGAGCGCGACGGGACCCUUUGUUGACGUGUGGCCCCUGAAUCUGCUCCAACCAGACAGCCGCGGGUACGUCGACAUCUGCUCGCUGUUCCUCCUGCAGUUGGCCUGCGUGCUUCAAGAAUCCCGUGCCUGGAGCCAGGCGAGGCUCCGCCUCUUCCUGUGUGUGGAAGCUAGUUCCAGUGCGACCGAAAAGGAGGAGGGGGAGAAGAAGCUGCGGGUGAUGCUGAAGAAGCUGCGGAUCUCGGCGAAGGUGCAGAUGGUGGCGUGGGACCACGUGGUGGCGCUGCACUGGCGGAGACAAGCGGGAGAGAGUCUGGUCGAGUCCGCUCGCAAUAACUACGACAGGAGGCCGGGGCAAGACGAGCACGAAGACGGCAUCCUCAUGUUUCCCAAUAACGACGCUCUGCUGACGGACGAGUACAUCUGCGCCGUCAACCAUCUGAUUCGUAGACACGGCGCCCCUCGGCCCGCUGUGCGCUUCCUAUAUUUGCCGCGGCCCCCGGCAGACACCCGGCGGUAUCGCGCCUACCUUCACCAGGUGGACGUGUUGAGUCGAGACCUGGGCCCAACGUUGCUCAUUCACGGGGUCACUCCUGUGGUCACUACCGACCUCUAA